AUGGGAUUAUCAGGAGGAGCCAUUGCAGGCGUCGUAGUAGGAGUAGUCGUUGGAGUAGUUUUGAUAGCCAUUAUAUUUGUGCUGCUGUACCUUCUGAAGAAACGCAGCAACGCAGUGGAGAAGACGAGGUCGAACAACAUUGAGAAGAUCAACAGCGCGGAGAAUGGCAACAACUACGGCCAGCCACCUCCGCAGCCGCUGAGCAACGACCACGAUCACGAUCACGACCACCACUACGACCACGGUUUGGAGAAGCCGGGCUCAAACGCCGACGACAACUUCAGGAACUCGAUCCAGCAGUCUGUACAGACUUCUAGCGGGGGAGCCGCAGAAGAAAGCCAGCCGAACCUGAUGGACAGCUACAAAGACACCAACCAAUCGCAGGACACAUUCAUUUAUCCCGGAUCAAACGUAUUCGUUCUCUAUCCUUACAACGCAGCGCUCCCAGAUGAGCUGACAAUAAUGCCUGACCAGACAAUCAGAGUGACGCGGAUCUACGACGAUGCAUGGGCUGCUGGCCAGAUCCUAGGAUCGUCCUUCAGAGAGGGAGCGUUCCCGCUUGUGUGCGUCACAGUUGCGGAAGGCGCAGCGACAUCGAUACACGGGUCGACGCCAAAAGCGCCGUCAGUCCGGUCGUCGUCGGUCAACUCGAGACAGUCGAGCUUCAAAUCAGCGUUCCAAUCGCCCUCAGAAGGCGGCAGGGCGUCGUGGGUGGCUGGAAGACCGGUGUCGGUAGGGCACGUCGCAGGGCGCAAGCAAUCAGCCAAGUAA